AUGUCGUCUUCACUUACACGAGCCAUGAGGCCAGCCGUCCGCGGCACACGCGUUCUCGUGUCCAAGGCAACGACCAGCACGUCCUCCGCGGCUUUGCGAUCCAGCGUUGCCAGGCCAGCGGCCGCGCGUGCCUUCGCGACCACGUCCGUCCGCGCCCACGCCCAGCCCGUGGACAUCUCCGACCUCACGCCCACGCCCAUCACCCACCUCUCCGAGACCGAGGCCGCCAUGGCGGACGCCGUCUCCAAGUUCGCCAACGAGGUCGUCCUCCCCAAGGCGCGCGACAUGGACGAGGCCGAGUCCAUGGACCCGUCUAUUGUCAAGGCGCUCUUUGAGCAGGGCCUCAUGGGCAUCGAGAUCCCCGAGGAGUUUGGCGGCGCGGGCAUGAACUUCACGUCGGCCAUUGUGGGCAUCGAGGAGCUCGCGCGCGUCGACCCCAGCGUCAGCGUCAUGGUGGAUGUGCACAACACCCUCUGCAACACGGCCCUGCUCAACUACGGCAGCGACCACCUCAAGCAAAAGUGGCUGCCCCGGCUCGCCACCGACACGGUUGCCUCCUUUUGCCUGUCGGAGCCGGCCUCGGGCUCCGACGCGUUCGCCCUGCAGACAAAGGCCACCGAGACGGCCGACGGCUUCACCAUCACCGGCGGCAAGAUGUGGAUCACCAACUCCAUGGAGGCCGACUUCUUCAUCGUCUUUGCCAACCUUGACCCCAGCAAGGGCUACCGCGGCAUCACCGCCUUUGUCGUCGAAAAGGGCACCCCGGGCUUCGCGAUUGCCAAGAAGGAGAAGAAGCUCGGCAUCAAGGCCUCGUCCACGUGCGUCAUCACCUUUGACGACGUCCAGAUCCCCAAGGAGAACCUGCUCGGCGAGCGCGGCCACGGCUACAAGUACGCCAUCUCCCUGCUCAACGAGGGCCGCAUCGGCAUCGCCGCGCAAAUGACCGGCCUCGCGUGGGGCGCCUUUGACAACGCCGCCAAGUACGUCUGGAACGACCGCAAGCAGUUUGGCAGCCUCGUCGGCGAGUUCCAGGGCAUGCAGCACCAGCUCGCCCAGUCCUGGACCGAGAUCGCCGCCGCCCGCGCCCUCGUGUACAACGCCGCCCGCAAGAAGGAGGCCGGCGAGGACUUUGUCAAGGACGCCGCCAUGGCCAAGCUAUACGCCUCGCAGGUUGCGCAAAAGGUUAGUGGACAGGCCAUUGAGUGGAUGGGCGGCAUGGGCUUUGUCCGCGAGGGUCUCGCCGAGAAGUUUUGGCGCGACAGCAAGAUUGGCGCCAUCUACGAGGGCACCAGCAAUAUUCAGUUGAACACCAUCGCCAAGCUGUUGCAGAAGGAGUACACUCAAUAA